UCAUAAAAGCAGAAAACUUUUCACAAAGAAAAGUCAGUGAACUUCAAAAAAAAUUGUGAAAUAGCCUUUGAAUAACAAAGCAGGCGGAAGAACGUGCUAUUCUAAGAUUUUUCUUUAUUUUCUCAUGUAUUGGUGAAACGCAACAAAAAAGCGACGAUACAAAUCUCUAACAAUAAAAAAAGGCAAAAGCAAACUUUGGUCUAAGGACUGAUAAAAGAAACUUAUAGCGUAUAACUGUGAAUACAAAAGGCAAGAGUGAAAAAAUAGCUGCUAAAACGACAGUUUCAAGAGCAGUAGCGUAAAACGAAAUACAUACAUACAUAAACAAUAAAGAAACAGAAAAACUGUUCGUAUGUAAAAAAAAAUAAAAGAAAAUAAGCGCAAAGUAGAAAAAAGCAUUGCUAACAAGUGUGAAAAAGUGUGAAAAUUCAUUUUAAAACAACCAUGUAAAAAUGUCAUUCACCACCUACUAACAAGACGGCUAUUCCAGUAGAAAGCAACAAUAACAAAAGCGUAAAACAAAUACAAGCUUAAGCAAACGCAUGCAAAUUCAAAAGAGCUGUCAUUAUAAAACCGAAAUACAUGUGUAACUAACUGCAGAAAAAAAAAGUGCAGCUACAUAUAUACAUACACACAUAAGUGCAAACAAUAAUAAAAGAAACAAGGCAAACGGUGAAAACGGUGACUAAAAGGAUACACCAAAAAAGGCAGAAUAGACCACCCUGGCAUUGCAAUAAUAACCGGGAAAUACUACUGCGCAGCGUAAAAAGAUUAAAAGAAAAAAAACAUUCAGCUUCUCUGUUUUGUUUGUAUGUGGCUUUGUCUUCCAACGCUGUGUGAAGUGAACCUCGAACAUUAGCAACAUGUUGAAAUUCCUGCGAAUUAUAUGCAUUUGGAUUUGCUGCGCAUUCUGUCUGCUGGAGCGUAUACAAUUGCCAGCCGCCACAGCCGCUAUUGCAGCACCUUUCGAGUAUUUCGAUGAUCACGACCAACUCUCCUAUGACUUGGAUACCGAACAGUCAAAAGCUAAAUAUGAUACACGUUUGCUGUCUGAGCAAAUGCUGAAGUCGGAGAAAUCCACCGAACGUUAUGAAAGUGCUGACAGCCACAGUGCUGGUGGUGGGGGAAUUGGAGAGAACGUUGUUGCCAAUUCGGAACUAGAUGACGACACUGAGACGGAAGCCGAUGCGGACGUAGAUGAUUUGCAACCGCAUGAACGUGCGGCAUCAUGUCACAACAAUGGCCACAAAUAUACACACGGUCAAAAGGUGCCACGAAUUGAUCCAUGUGAAGUGUGCCUCUGCAUGGAUGGCGAAAUAUUUUGCUGGUGGGAAUUAUGCGCCAAAAAGCCUACAAAUCAAAUCAAAAGCGACUAUCGUUCAAACUCACAGUUAGACACUUCAACUGCCAGAUUGAAUGAAAUGCGCAGCACUUCAGGCACGACAGCACAUCCCACCGUAGGCAUGAUGCAACAGCAACAACAGUACCAACAGUCACAGUCUUAUGCCACUAACCUAGAUGUAAGUUCAUCGAAACACGACAACAACAAAAAUUACCAACAACAAGUGCAGGAAACCCCCGCAGCUACUGCCUCCAUCGGUGGUACCAAAUCGUUGCAGCAUACCACGAAAUCAUGGCAAAAGAAGAAAACCUAUCAACAGCAACAAAAACAAAAGCACGAACAACAAAAACAACAUCAACACAAGCACACACAUACCAACGGAGCAGCAGCUGAAAACACGCCUUACUACACUUACCACCCAUCGUCGCCAGUGUCGGCUAGCAAAAUUCUGAGUUUCCCAGAGAAUUUGCCAUCGGUGUUGUAUCACGACUAUCGCACCGAAGAGCAUCAGCAUCACCAACAUCAACAUCAUCAGCAGCAUUUGAAGCAUCAGCAAAAGAAGCUCCAACUACAAAUACAACAUCAGCAGGAGCAACAACAAAAACGCAAACAACAAUUGCAACAAUAUGGGCACCGCAGCGCUUGGAAAAGCAACACCCAUCAGCCAACACUGUAUCAACACGAUAUUUUUGAGGCAAAAUCGGUGGGAGCGAGUGCAUAUGCCUCAUCGCCGUCAUUAGAGAUACAAAAACAAGAAACUAUAUUAACAAAUUAUACACACUAUGAAAAUCAUAACACAAUAAUUUGA